CAUGGCUGGCAGACGUGUACUGACACAAAUUCAAAAGCUCGCGCAUAAUAUUUGGUUCUCCAUUUCUGUAGAACCUGUGUUAUUUCUACACUCUUUGGGGUUCUUUACACAGUUGGUAACAAGUGAGAACUUCACACUAGACAGGUUCUGUCGGGUGAUACUGAAUGAGUCAUUUGAUAACUGCGCCGUAAUGAACGACGGCCACCAAAAGGACCUGCAAGUGAAGGUGCAGAAGCUUGAGAGUGUCUUCACCUUUUAUGGAAAUUUAACAGCCACAAUUAUCCCGAUUUUGUUGAUCUCCUUCAUCGCUUCCUGGAGUGACAAGAGAGGACGACGGGUUCCCAUCCUUCUAUCAUUAACAGGUCAUAUACUUCGUAGUGUCGUCUACCUCGUUGAGUCGCUCUUUCCAUCGUGGACACCUUAUAUUCUACUGUUAGGUUUCUUCUUUAGGAGCAUUGGUGGGGGUGCAGCGAUGCUUCUUAUGGCUUCCUUUAGUCACAUAGCAGACUGUACGAACAUGGAUUCUAGACACCGUCGAAUGGCCAUCACGAAUGCUUGUUUGUAUCUAGGAGCUCCAUGUGGAACACUUCUGGGAGCCUGGAUCUAUAACAGGAAAGGAUACAUUUGGAACUUCAGUGUUACUCUCCUUCUAGACUGUUGCACUCUUGGUCUGGCUGCUUUUAUAGUUAAAGACAAGAUCAAUAAAGUGGAAGAGGCGUCAGGUCAUAUAAUAAAGGAAACAAGUCCUUGGAAUCACAGGAAUGUAAUAGACUUGUUCCGUGUCGCCAUCAGAAAGCGUCUAGGACGAACACGAGCCCACCUUACACUACUGCUGACUGUUUUCGUCGCCCUCAUCAGCGGCACAUCUCACAACAUGUUCCUAUGGAUUCGUAGGGUGUUCCAUUGGGACCAGUACCAAUUUAGUUUCUAUUUAAUCAUUAACCAGCUGGAUCAACAGAUCACUACUCUCGUCACAGCCCCGAUUCUUCGCAGACUAAGUGUACCCGAC